UUAUUCUGUUACCGCGCAUCUUCAUUGCGCAGUGUGAAUGGCGUCCGGUUGUUAUUGUUCAAAGCGUAUAAAUUGUUUUAAAGAAAAUUAUGUGCUUUAUACCAAAUAACUUGUGUUUAAAUGUUUGUUAUUGCUUCGUGUGUGUUUAAUUAAUUGAUCGUUAGUGUUUUGUAAAAGACCAGAAAGGUGUUAUAUGUGUGGAAAGUGUGUCACACAAAAUGGGUUAUUCAAGUUGAGCCUUCUGUAAGUCACCCUUAUUUUUCGGGAUGUAACUAAAAGAAAAACAUCUCAGUGAGUACUCCUGUACAUAGACAUCAUGGAAGAGUAAUUCUAGAUGGCAUUGGAAAGUGAUGGCUUUAGUGUUACUACAGUCGUCACUUGCGAAGGGGAUCUGUUAGAUCCCUCGUUUCCUAAACAGCUUAGGUGUGUGCUAGGAAGAUUAGAGAAUCUUUUAGGGGGGCACUUAUAUGUUUGCAAACUGGAGCCGUGGAACUCUGUUCGUGUUACGCUGUCUAUCCCUCGCGAGGCAGCCCUACGGCUGCGACAACUUGCCAGGGAAGGCUCACAGCAACUACGUGCCUUGGGCAUUUUAAGUGUUCAAGUCGAGGGAGAUCAAGUUAUUUCCUUACGCCUAGCUGGACCCGAUAGACAAGAAAUUGUUCUGCAAACUGUUCAACAAGAUGAAGGUAGUAGCAGCAAUACCAAUGCAACUUCCGAUGGGGGAUUAUCAAGAUUACUGUCGGGAGAAGUUCAAGUGCCAACGAAUUCUGUAUCUUCGGACAAGAUGCAGUUUCGUUCUCCCAACGUCGUGUGUCCACCGGAUAGUGUAGUUCCUAAAGUGCCUACACCGGGGGCCAUACAAUCGACGUUGUCAUCGUCCAGACUGCAGUCAGGACCUUUUCCUUUUACGAGCAUGAAUCAGGCGAUUCAGAGCCGGGAGAACAGCUCACUAGGAGGAGGAGGGACAGGUGGAAACGUGAGCACGUCAACUUCUUUCACACCACCACCACCUUAUCCUGGUAAACAUCCACCGGUGACGUUGUCGAGUCCGUUGCUUGUCAAUUUGCUUCAAAAUGACGGAACUUCUGCGACCACGACGACGACGACAAAAUCAGAUGUAGAAGGAUCGGGUAAAAUUCAAGCAAACGGUUCUAUGUUGCACCCGAACGUCUCAAAAAGCCUUACUCAAAUUUCCACUGUAAAAAGUCAUCCGCCUCCACCAUCACCUUCAUCAUCAUUCGCGCCGAAAACGAUCCCGAGCGUUCCUGCACGAACAACAGGCGUCUAUUCUGCGUCAGCUGUGACCGUUCAAAAUCAUAUUCCACCACCACCGCCUCCCCUUCAUCCAAAGAUCGUACAUUCACAACCGACCGUUACCGUAAACAGUAGUCUCAAUACGGACACCUGUUACAAACAACUAGUUCAUCAUCAGCGAAUCAAUAGUAAUAGUGUUAGUGCUUCAUCAAACAAUGCAAAAGUGCCCGCGCUUGUCUCGAACAGUGCCGUCGUUCAACAACAACAAACAACUAAUAAUUCGUUACCGGAUCGACAGUGUUCGACGAUGAUUGCGAAACCUAGUGCCGUUCUCCAAAACUCAGGUGAACUGGAACUGUCCAGUCAAUCGAUAGUUGCUAACAAAAUGCCACAACACACUGCACUCACUUCAAACAAUAAUAGUAGUAGUAGUGUCUCAUUAAUUCAACAGUCAUCCUCGAUCCUUGACGAUGCAAAAAGCAUUGCGUUUCGAUCGUGUUCGCCAAGUUUGAUGGACGAUUUGACUCCAACGUUAACGGAUUUGAAGGAAUCCGAUUUGGACCAGUUGUUACCAACUCUUGAACACGACAUUGCAAGUAGUCCACCAGAGCUGCCUGAGGUGUUCACCGACACCAAAGAUCGUCGUAAGUUUCUAAUCAAUCCACUGACGGGGGAGCUCGAAUUGCAAUCCAGCAGCGACGAGAGUGAAUGUGAUCCAGAUGAGCAGAUAAAAAAUGUGUUCACGGACCUGCCUUCACCUGCAGCGUCUGUUUCCGACGAUGACAUUGGUUCCUUAUCGAACCCAUCAACCACGACAAUGAUGGUAACUACAGCGUCGAAUCGAUUGCCGUUGGAUGCAACCACUGGAACUGCGUUGGAUCAUACCGGUAGCGACACGACAACAUCGGCGAAAAGUUCGAAACUAAAAAGUACAAAAGGGAGGCCAGAACGUUGCAUUGGCGGUCGUGAUUCUCCCAAAUUGAAACCGACUGAGAAAAUCAAAUUACGGUUGAAAUUGGAAAAAUCGGAACCAGUGAGCAGUGGGUACAAGGUCGAUGUGAGUUUUAUCAACACACCCCCGAAGAAAGCAACAACUUCAAACGUGAUAGCUACAGGUGAAGAAUUGCGUGUACCUCCACUUCACAUUUCACUAAGAGGUCGCAAUCAUGUUGUAAUUAACAAUAAAAAAAAGGUAAAAACAAAUGCAGAUGGUAACUUGAACAAACCGAAAGUUCGGAAAGCUCAAAUCGAGUUUAAGCCCAGAAAAGUGGGAGAAUCGGACAUGGAAUCGGACGAUCGCUCUUUAUCGCCUUUAAACAAAACUAAUAGCAGUGGCGAUUUUGCAAACACCAGUAAUAUACCGCCCGACCACACCAAAACCAGUGCCUUGGAUUCGAGAAAAAUCAGGAAGAUAAAAUCUGUACAAGAACACCGUGAACAAAACUUGCUUACGGGCGGUCACUUAGUCGAUCGAAGUAAAGAGUACGAACACCAAGUGGUUUACAAUACCCAUUUCAAAGAGAAAUUGAAAGAAAGACGAGGUAGCGAUUCGGAAUUGGCCCACAGCGCAAAACGGUUACUGGACAACAACGGAUUAAUUUCGGUUGAUAAGAAGAGGAGGCUCAGCCAGACAGACCACUUCGAUGAAUCUCAUCAGUCAUUAGUCGUGGGUUCGACCAACAUUGGUACAGUAUCAACACUCAGUCCAAAACCAAAAAAAGAGAAAUUGAAAGCAAAAGAUGGAAACAGCAAAGGUAAAGAGAUUGAUCGAAGUAAAAGUUAUGCGAAAAAUGUAGCUGAUAAACUUGCAAGCAAACAAGUCGCCCUUCCGACCGGUGAAAUUGACAUGGAAGCCAAAUUCAAACAGCGACUACUCGAAAACACUACGACAUCAGAUAAAGUACAUAAUAAUAACAGGUCGUACAGAACUACUGAAAAUAGUAACCUACAGAAGACGGACGAUGAGACAGAGAAUCUGGUGCCGAUAUUACCUAACCCGAUUCCGCACAAAGAUAAACCUCCUGAAAUAAUAGAUCAAAAGGCGGAUUUGACAGAGAAACAAGCCAGUCGGUCGCCAACUUCGGGUGGCCAGGGUGAAGAUAGCGGCAUUGAAAGCAUGGACGCUUUGAGCGAGAAAUCGCCAAACCAGGCCGGACAAAGUCCGCACGGUGAAAACAAAAAUCAAGUGCCUGACAUUCUGACUGAUAUUGAGGCGCAGUUAGCCAAAAUGGAGGGACUCAACGGUGAGGAAGAUAUGAACGAAAACAAACAGGACGGCACUACAAAACUAGAACAAUGUUGCGGUCUUACACCGUCGUCGGUCUCAGUAGUUCCAGAGCAACAGAGUAAAGAAACGCCUGGGACGGGCGUAGACCUUAUACCUGAUGGGAAAGACGACGAUUUGGACCCUUUACCAGUUCGUGUAACACCGCCCUUAUACACGUAUUCGAACGCCGAAAAAUCGGUAACGGUACGAAACGACGCUGAGAGUCCUACGUUCGAUUCGGACAGCAACUCGUGUCCGGUCGCUUUAAAGAGUAAAAGUCUUCUCGAACAACUCCUGAUAGAUAUUCCAGACAGUCAGACGCCCAGUUCGCCCAGCCCCGUGACACGAUCGCUGCGAACGCGAGCCUGUUCGAAACUGAACAGUCCUGAACUACUAAAUUCGCCUCCCGUGUCACGUGACAACCAAAAAUUGAAGAACGUCGUCGCGUCGGUUCCAGUGGCGACGGCAGCGACGCCGGCCGUCGCCAAACGAAAGAGACAUGAGUCGGAAAAUUCGAUCAACGCCGAUGACGCGUCUGUUCGCAGCAACAGCAAAAAGACGCGUAAAUGUUCAGAGAACGCUACGGAACUCAUCAAAGCUUGUAUGGGGGUCGAGACGCCGACAAAGUCAACGAUUCCAGUUGUGGUGGUUGGCAGGGAGAAGAAAAUAACGACGACGAUGACGACGACUACCACAACUGCCGGAUCAGGUGGAGGAAACAGCGGUCGGUUGAUAGCGGACGAAAGUUCGGACAGCGACGAACCUUUGAUCGAGGUAGCAGGCAAGGUGCGGAAGAACAACAACAUCGCCAGCAGUGGUGUAAGUGUCGGUAUCACGCCUAAAACAAAAACGAAACUGGCAACGUCAAUCCAAACGCCUGCAACUACAAUUAAUAAAACUGGGUCUAUAAAUACACGGCGUUCCGUUCGUGCUACGCCUGCGCUGAACACGCGAAGUAAGGGUGACAGGGUGCAGCCUGAUGCCGAAGUUUUACGGCGAAAAACUAGGAGUUCAGUAACGGAGGGCGAAAGCAAAAGGCGGAAAGACGUGAAGUGACGAUGCCUGGGAGGCUGCACUUGCUGCAGCCCUCUACCGCCUGCCCCCGGCCACGAGUUGCUGCGGUCCAUAUACGUAACCCGUACCGAAGUGCAGCCUUGAAUACUCACGGCAAUAGUACAAAAAGUCGACGGACUUUUGUAUAGAUUGUGAUAUAAGUAUAUAAUACACUACUUGUACAUAUAUAACAUAGCUAGAGAAUUGUACAUAGAGCCGUGUCGUUUAGUCACAUGGAUUUAUAAAUAUAUGCAUAUAAAUUAUGUAUAGAGUAUAAUAUUUGUAUUUUACACGAGAUACAUAACACAUAAAUACACCACCACCAUUACCACUGCAACCACAACCAUCUACCAGAAACAACUGCAUAUAAGUACCUAUUGAUUGAUGUCCACACCUGAUUGAUUAAUUUAGGUAGCCUUUAUAAAUUAAAUAAUGAUAAUAACAACGGUGAUGAUAUAUGAUAUAACACUAAUGAAAUGAUGAUGAUAUGUGGUUGGGUGAUGGUGAUUCUUGCAUUUUUUGCUACCGCUGCUAUACUAUUACUACUACUACUGCUACAACGUAGAGAACUUUGGACGUUUUAUUUUUAUGUAUAUUUUUUAUAACGAUU